GAUUAAACUAAAAGUUUCUGGAGCUUCAUGUCUCAGUGUUUUCCCUCAUUUCUAAAAAUCCUGAUGCAGUCACUGAUGAAAUGUAGUGUGUAAACUGAUGGUGGAAGGUUUGAGUGCAGGUCUUCCUGCGGGGUUAUCUGAUGCCUCCACAUCCAGAUGCUGAGGGAACGGCUGUGCUGUUGGGAAGCAGACGAGAGUCCGACUGUGUUUAUUUUAAAAGCGAUCUUCCAGGAGGAGGUGAGGUGUGACCAAUCCCAGGAGAGCUCUUUAACAGGUAAUGGACCUGGUGAUCAAACAUCUCACACAGAGUGGAAAAGAAGCAAGGGAAGUCAUUAUGUCACAGAGGGAAGGGUCUGGAUUGGACAGGAGGCUCCGGAGCAGCUGCUAUAAAACCUGAAGCUGCAGGAAGACACGGAAACGCAGAGAAGACGACGGACAGCAGAGUUUUAUCUCCAGAAUCAAGAUGCGGCUCCGCAGCCAUCGUCUGAUCUUCUGCCUGCUGCCCAUCAUCCUGCAAUGCAACGUCCUUGGAGUCCAACAGCAGCCGGCUCAGCACAUAGACCGGCCCGGGCUGAGGACGCUGGCCGUCCUGUGGCGCCAUCCAGGAAGGAUGAAGCCCAGACUGGAGCUCAGCGCCAAACUCCUCCGAACAGACGACCUGAUGAUGAUGGAGAAUGACGUGACCGAGCCCCAGAGGAAGAGGAGUUUCCCUGGGAACAACGCCCCGCUGGACCGGCUGUCCAUGGGCUCCAUGGAAACCAGACAGGGCAAGAAGAAGCAGAGCAAGGUGGCGGAGUCGCCACGGCGACGAAGCAAUCCGCCUCCCAUCGACCGAGUCGGAAUGAGCCGUCUACCGACAACUCGAGGAUAGCGAGGACACCCUCAUCUGGACAGGAAUCCAUUGUCAUCUCUCUUCAGUCGAGUCUCUGCAUAAAUAUCAGCCACCCCCCUGCUGAGCCACGACGACUGGUCACCUGACUGGAAGCGAAACGUCCGACAGACUGGAGCUUUCUGCUCAAGUCUCUUUUUUGUGCUGCAGCCGCGCAGCAGGACGCAUUUCUGCUGCAACACAGAAACACACCGAUGGGAGGCUGGAGCCGGUUUACACUACAACGACGAAGCUUGUUUGUUCACCAGGCGAUGUUAAAUCUGCCAAACAAUUCUUGACAGAUUUUUUUUAUUUUCUCUUAUCAAAUAAAGUAAAAAUGUAUGUAAAUUCAGAAGUGUCAUCUGAAAAAGUAGAAAACCACAUUAAUGGAUGUUUAACUUUUAUUUGAAACAGUUUUCACAUAGUCUUCUAUUCUCUGAGAAACAAUAAUUUUUACUCCAUUUAUUUUAAAAUAUACGAUGAAAAGAUGAUUUUCUGUAUCUUGUCACCACCAUGUGAAAUUCAGAAAUGUAAACUGUAUAAACUGAAAGUCACACUGCAUAGCAUUUUAAACUUUAUCACGUCUUUAAAGAGUAACUAAACCGAAAAUCAACUUGUUUUGCAUUUAAACUGUCUAAAUUAUUUGUGUUUUAGUCCAAAUGUUUGAAUUAUGUAGAUUUGCUUACUUCUGCAAUAGUGGCCUAAAUCUGUCUCAGUUCUGCCCUCCUUGGGUUGAACGGUGGUACUGCACUUGAGUUUUCCUAUUGGUUACAUCAGUUCGGUUGAUGCUUGGCUGGAGCUAUAAUCCAGUUUUCCUCAUUUUAAAAACCUUCCUGUUAAAAUUGAAAAGGAUUUUCAAAUGUUUUUU